UUGUAUAACGAAAGAAUGAAUGUACGAUCCUGCAAGAUGAGAGGUUGCUGCUUUCCCGUGAAGCUUGAGCGCUCCUUCAGGACCCCAUCUUCUAAAAACCUCGCUAACGAUAAUACUAAUACUAACACUGCCUCCAAGGGGUCUUCCAAGGAUCUUAUUCCAAGUAUGAAUAGACCAGGAUCCGAGAAGAAUUCACCAAUUGUCUGCUUUGGGGAGAUGUUGAUCGACUUUGUGCCAAAUGCUUCUGGAGUUUCUCUUGCAGAUGCACCUGGUUUUAAGAAAGCUCCUGGUGGAGCUCCUGCUAAUGUUGCUGUUGGGAUUGCAAGAUUAGGAGGGCAUGCAGCUUUUAUUGGCAAGGUAGGGGAAGACGAAUUUGGAUGCAUGCUGGCUGAUAUUCUGAAGCAAAAUAAUGUCGACAACUCUGGCAUGCGCUUCGACUCACAUGCAAGGACAGCACUAGCAUUUGUAACCCUGAGAGCUGACGGUGAACGUGAAUUCAUGUUUUACCGUAAUCCUAGUGCUGAUAUGCUACUUCAGGAAACAGAGCUUGAUCAAGACCUAAUUAAGAAGGCAAGUGUAUUUCACUAUGGAUCAAUAAGUUUGAUUCACGAGCCUUGUAAAUCUGCCCAUCUUGCUGCCAUGGAGAUUGCCAAGAAGGCUGGUUGUAUCCUCUCCUACGAUCCAAAUUUGAGACUGCCGCUGUGGCCAUCAGCAGAAGCUGCUCGUGAAGGCAUUAUGAGCGUAUGGAAACAAGCUGACAUUAUUAAGGUAAGUGAGGAAGAAAUUGAAUUCUUGACUGAAGGCAGUAAUCCAUUUGAUGAUAAAUUGGUGUUGGAGAAGCUUUUCCACCCCAAUCUUAAGCUCUUACUUGUCACUGAAGGCUCAGAGGGAUGUCGAUAUUAUACACAGGCAUUCAACGGUAAAGUUGCUGGUGUUAAAGUUGACGCAGUGGACACAACUGGUGCAGGAGAUGCCUUCGUGGGUGGAAUAUUGAGUAAAUUGGCCUCAGACAUGAAUCUGUAUAAGGAUGAGAAGAAGUUGAGCGAAGCUCUCCUGUUUGCAAAUGCCUGCGGUGCUAUCACAGUUACCGAAAGAGGAGCUAUUCCUGCCUUGCCCACAAAAGAAGCAGUUCUUGAAUUUUUACACAAAAGAACUGCUUGAGAAGAUUCAUGGUACCAUUGUCUUGCCAAUACAGCUAACAAGUGAUUCUAUGGUAUGCUUGCAGAGCUGUAUCUACAAAAAACUAUGCUUUCUCGUCCUUGCAUAAACACUUGUUUCUCGAGGCCCAAACAGGACUGAUAUGUGUCGUUGAAUUCCUUUUCUUGAUUUAAAAUUUAUUUUCUUAUUUCUUCCA